AUGGCACCAGCAGCAGUUCUCUCCACCCACACCCUCGAGGCAGAGGAUCAUGCCCGCGAUGCUUCCUUCAACAAGGCUCUCCAUGGAAAAUCCUCACAAGCACGUGGAGGACUUGCUGCAAUGCGCAAUAAGGACAAGGCUGCACAGAAAGCCGCCAUUGACGAAUACUUCAAGCAUUGGGACAACAAAGCCGCUACUGUUGAGACGGAGGAGACCAGAAAGGCCCGCAGGGACCAAUAUGCCACCCUGACUAGACAUUAUUACAACCUUGCCACCGACUUCUACGAGUAUGGCUGGGGUACUUCAUUCCAUUUCUGCCGAUUUGCUUAUGGAGAAUCCUUCUAUCGGGCGAUUGCCCGUCACGAACACUACUUGGCCCUGAAGAUGGGUAUCCAAGAGAACGCUCGAGUAUUAGAUGUUGGCUGUGGUGUUGGAGGGCCUGCUCGUGAGAUGAUCAAAUUUACCGGUGCCAACGUGGUUGGCUUGAACAACAACGACUAUCAGAUCGAGCGAUCUCUGCGCUACGCACAGAAAGAGGGCAUUGCUCACAAAUGGUCCGCGGUUAAGGGAGACUUCAUGCAAAUGUCGUUCCCCGAAAACAGUUUCGAUGCAGUCUAUGCCAUCGAGGCAACAGUACAUGCCCCAAAACUACAAGGUGUAUACGAGCAGAUAUACAAAGUUCUCAAGCCUGGGGGCGUUUUCGGCGUUUACGAAUGGCUCAUGACCGACAAUUAUGACAAUGACAACCCGGAACACCGAGAAAUUCGACUCGGAAUCGAGCAAGGUGAUGGCAUCUCCAAUAUGGUCAAGGUCUCGGAGGGUUUGGCUGCCAUUAAGGCUGCCGGAUUCGAGCUUGAGCACCACGAGGAUCUUGCAGAGCGGCCAGAUGCCAUUCCGUGGUACUAUCCUCUGGCAGGCGAACUAAAAUUCAUUUCCAGUCUCGGUGAUCUGUUCACAGUCGCCAGGAUGACGUGGUGGGGACGAGGAUUGAUGCACAAACUACUUGGCGUUGGUGAAAGCUUGAGGGUAAUGCCCGCUGGCACACAGAAAACAGGUGACAGCCUUGCGCUGGCAGCUGACUGUUUGGUGGCUGGAGGUAAACAGAAGCUGUUUACCCCGAUGUACCUGAUGGUGGCACGCAAGCCAUUGAAUGCAUAG